UUUUUGUCGAGUGAAUCUGGGAAGGAAGCUGUCUCUUCCUCUCCCUUUGCCAUCGCCUCCUCGUCCUUCCCUUUCUCUUUCCUUGCAGCACGACACUUGCAUCGGCCGAACCAGAAACUCGGAGUCGAUCCAUGGGCGUCACCGACAACGGCCGAGCCCAAGAGGUCAAGCAAUUCGACGAAUCCAAGCUCGGAGUCAAAGGCCUCGUCGACUCCGGUCUCACCUCCAUCCCUCCCCUAUUCAUCCACCCGCCCGAGACCCUCUCUGACCUCGGGCCCGCCCGGCCCAGCUCCGACUCGAUCCCCACCAUCGACCACUCCGGCUGCGACUCCGGGCACCGUCCCUCCGUCGUCGAGGAAGUGGGGCGCGCGGCUCGCGGGCCCGGCUUCUUCCAGGUGGUCAACCACGGCGUGCCGGCAGAGGUCCUGGACCGGACGAUCGCUGCAGUGAAGGCCUUCCACGAGCAGCCGGCGGAGGCGAAGGCGAGGAUCUACCGGAGGGAGAUGGCGACCGGGGUCGCGUUCUUCUCCAACCUCGACUUGUUCCACUCCAAAGCAGCUAGCUGGAGGUAAUCAAUGAAGCCACUUCAAGUAUUUUCGUUCUAAUUCAUGAAUUUGAUUAAAAAAAUAGUAAUUUGCAAAAGCUGAAUUACCCUAUGGGAUCGGGUUGAGUCAAGUUUAGAAUUUUCUAGGGAACUAGAAAAGGACACGAAACGAUAUAUCACAUAUUGAGAAAUUAUACAGCUGGAUCGCAUAAUAUCAGGGAAUUCAUUCUUGUUUUAGUUUCUCACGGGCACAAACAAAAGAAGAAUUCGUUUAUAAAGAAAGAAUUAGGAAAGCAGGAAGAAUCAGUUCAAGCAAUACAAGAUAUAAUGUUGUAGGGACACACUCCAGAUAAGGCUGGAGCCGAAAGGGGACAUGGAAGAGAUCCCCGAGGUGUGUAGAAAUGAGGUGAUGGAAUGGGAUCAGUAGGUCCGGCGGCUGGGAGGCCUCCUGAUGGGAUUGUUGAGCGAGGGGCUAGGAUUGAGUCCGGGCAAGCUACAAGAAUUGACGUGCUUGGAGACGAGGGCCUUGGUGGGGAAUUACUAUCCGUAUUGUCCCCAGCCCGAUCUGACGGUCGGCUUGAUGUCCCACACGGACCUAGGAGUGAUCACAUUGCUCCUGCAGGACCAGGUCGACGGGUUGCAAGUGAAGCACGACAAUGAGUGGGUGGAUGUGACACCAGUCCUGGGUGCUCUGGUUGUGAACAUCGAUGACAUCCUCCAGGUAAACUCCUGUUGAGGACUAGGAGUGUCUCUAAAGCACCCCAGUUACUUAAAAAGUUACAUUCUUCAGUGAAACAGAGAUCCAUUCACGCGAUUUCUGCUUUCCUAGAUAAUGUCCAAUGACGAGUACAAAAGUGUGGACCACCGGGUGUUGGCCAACCCUAACCAAGAGCCACGUGUGUCGAUAGCAGUUUUCUGCAACCCGAGCAAUCGCGAGAAUGAGUUCGGACCGUUCCCGGAGAUCAUAUCCAUAGAUAAACCCGCUGCUUUCCGGCAAUUCAACCUCAACGAGUACAUGAGGAGAUUCUUCACAAAGGAGUUGGAGGGGAAAAGUUUGAUAAAUUACUUCAGGGCAUGAGUGAGAGGUGCAUAGGCCCAAAAAUACUUCCCUAUGGCACUUAAGGAAACAUGUGAUUCUUCCCCUAAAUCCUAUGAAUUGUUAAAACAUAUGGACUAUUUAUAUUGUAUGAUACUCUGUUCUAUUAUUCAAAUCAACUUAUUUCAAAU